CUUAAAUUAAAAAACAAAAGUAUUUAAACCUAGCAUUCGGCUAUUGGAUUUAUAAGUUUGUCGUGUAGAAAAAAAGAAAUUGUAAUAUGACCACGCCUGUGCCGCGCCGCACCAAGGACUUGGUGGCACUGGGAUGGGCUUCCGACUCUGAGGACGACUUCAAUACGCCAUACCGACCGCUGCGAUCGCGGUCAGCGGCUGAAGGAGAACAAAAACAGCAGCCGGUGGCGUCUUUCCAAGUCCAGGCGAGGGGCAAGGAGAAUGAGCCACAUCCACAACCUACCUCCUUGGAUAUGCUACCCCGCCGCGUGUCGGAGUUGACCAUGAUGGAUUCUGACAGCGAGGAGGAGGACGUGAAGAGCAAUCACAACCUGAACUGCGCCAUCCUAAACGAUUCCUUCGUGCUAAGUCCCUCCCAAGAGUUAACCAACAGCAACCCCGCCGUUCCUCUCAAGCAAUCCGAUUCGAAUCUGUCGUUCCUGGGAAGGUUUAACAACAUGGGCAUCAAUUGCAACAGUCAGGGUUCUCCGUCUGCGAAGUCCGAGAAGCAGGUGGCUAAGAAGCCAGUGCCCACCAUUCAAGCUCUGUCCGAAAGGCGUCCACUCCAGGCCACUGAAACGCCACUGCGCAAUGAGAUCUCCUCCUCAUCGAAACCGAAACAGGAUGCGGACUUUAUCACCCCUCAGGUGCGAACCGUGGGUUCUUCGCUGGCUGGAAAAAGUCGAAGUGUUGUGUCCAACGACUUCCGUGCGCAGAAGGUGCUCUUCCAAACGCCCAUGACCGUGAGUCGUGCUGCUCCCGUUGCCUCUGAUAGCAUAAUCUUCUCGCUCUGCGACACCAUCAGCGAGAGUCCCGACAUUCCAGAGCCCCCAAAGGCAGAUCCUCCGCAAAGUCAUCAUCAGUCCAAAAGGUCUCUGGACAAUGUAUUCCGGGAGUCAGAUAAAGAUAAAGACAAUGUUCAGGUCGUGGAGCCCAAUGAAUUGGUGCCUGUUCCUCCCGUUGCCGUACCUCCUGAUCCGCCUAACACUUCCUCUUCAACCACCUCUAGUAUUCUGAAAAUCAAGAAUCACGAGUACACGAUUUCCAAAAAGCUUGGCAGCGGCGGAUCCAGCUUGGUUUAUUUAGCACGUCGUUCUGACUCGGGAGACGAGUAUGCCCUAAAGGUGGUGGAUCUGCAGGCCGAUCCCCAAGUGGUGCAGGGGUAUCUUAACGAAACCAAGCUCCUGGCUAAACUUCAAGGAAACGUCUGCGUGGUUGCGCUUUACGAUUAUCAACUAGUACGGGAAGAAUCCAAGCUGUACAUGGUAAUGGAGAAGGGCGAUUGCGACCUGAACAAGAUCCUGCAGAGCUACACCACCAACCUGCCCCUUUACAGCCUGAUGAACAUCCUGUACCAGAUGCUGCAGGCGGUCAACUACAUCCACCAGCACGGUGUCAUCCACUCGGACCUCAAGCCGGCCAACUUUCUAAUGGUCAGCGGGAGACUGAAGCUGAUCGAUUUUGGCAUCGCCAGCAAUAUAUCUGUGGACUCGACGAGCAUCAUCAAGUUUUCGCAGGCGGGUACUUUCAACUACAUCAGUCCGGAGGCCUUGACGGACACCUCCACGGGCAACAGUCCGAUGCGCGGAGCCAACCAGCCCAAGAUCAAGAUUUCGACCAAGUCGGAUGUGUGGUCGCUGGGCUGCAUCCUGUACCUGCUGCUCUACCAAAAGACGCCCUUUGGCCACAUACGGAACAUCUAUGCCAAGAUGAGUGCAAUCGCCACUCCGGGCACCAGCAUCGAAUAUCCUCCCAUUCCUCCCUACUAUCCCGUCAUGCUGGUUCAUAUGGCCAAGAACUGUCUUCAGUUGAAUCCCAAGAAGCGGCCGUCGUGCACUGAACUACUACAGUAUCCAUUUCACAUGGUCAUUCCGCUGCAGAAUCUGCAAAUUCCCAGCAGAGCCGCCACCAGUAAUUAAGCAUCAAAGCUCAACUAUUUAUUAGUCAAAUGUCAAAGGUCAAAUGUCUUUCUCAUAUGUGUGUGUAUAUAUUUAAUUCUCAUUUAUCGUAAAUUAAACAUCAUAAAUCCUUA